CAGCCACUAACUAGGAAUCGUAAUCCAGGAACAUCCAUCCCACUGACGAUAUCUCAGUGAAGCAAGACAUUGCAUAAUCAUAAUGGCUGUGAUAAAAAAUUGAAAAUUCUUCUUUUUUCCUCUCGCAGUCGUAGUAUAUAUAUAAUUCACCAAUACCUACUCACCAGAAAACAAGCUUAUUACAUAUAAAGUUUGCCACCUGAGCAGCUGAAUCACCAAAUUCUGAUUUUGGAAGAUGGGUCAACAUUAUAAGGAAAUUGCUGCGAUCGCUCAGAAACGACGGGAAGAUGCUAUUCCCAAGGAGUAUUUGCUUCCAGAUGAGGUGAUGAAGGGGUUACCGAGGAAUUUAACGGGUAUUCCGAGGACUUCGAAACACUUUUCGGUCGAGGAAUUGGAGAUCGUCGAGUCGGAAGCGGAGGAUAUUUUGUUCAAGAUUAAGAAUGGAAUUUGGACGGCGGUGGAAGUUACAAAGGCGUUCUGUAAGGCGAGUGUUGUUGCUCAUCAACUAGUAUGUACCUAAUUCCCCCUUCUCAUUCAGAUUUAAAUAGGAACUAAUGCGAUUCAGACAAACUGCCUAACCGAGAUUCUCUUCCCGGAAGCCCUCAAACGCGCACAAUUCUUAGAUGAGCACCUUCAGAAAACAGGCCAGGUAAUAGGUCCGCUGCAUGGCCUCCCCAUAUCUCUAAAAGACUGUAUGAUCACGCCUCCCCAUCCUUCAUCGCUGGGAAUGGCAUGCUACGCCAACGAGCCCACGUCCCCCGAGGAAGAAACCGUCCUCGUCAGUAUCCUAGCGAAACUCGGUGCUGUCUUCUAUGUGAAGACUGCGGUACCGGUUGCCAUGAUGAUGAUGGAGACGAUUAGUAAUCUCUGGGGCGAAACGAAUGGAGCGUACCACAGCGGUACGAGCUCGGGUGGUAGUAGUGGUGGUGAAGGUGUGCUUUUGGCGAUGAAAGGAAGUCCGCUUGGGGUGGGGACGGAUAUUGGGGGGAGUAUUAGGAUUCCUAGUUCGUUUAAUUAUCUAUAUGGGUUGAAGCCUACGUACGUUCUCUUCCUCCACUAAAAACCCAAAUCCUUACAUCUUGUAGAUUCGGACGAUUCCCCGUCUACGGCACGAAAUCAGGAAUCUCGGGUCAGGACUUUAUAUACUCCAACAACGGACCUAUGUCCCGCUCCCUCUCAACCCUAAAGUUAUACUGCAAAGCAGUCCUCUCCACCUCCGUCUCACCCUGGAACCUCGAUCCAAAGUGUCUCGCCAUUCCAUGGAGAGAAAACACCCCUCUCCCCAAGAAACUCCGCUUCGGAAUAAUCCCCGACAACGACGGCGAAAUCCACGUCCACCCCCCCAUAUCCCGCGGUCUCGCCCUCACCAAAGCCGCCCUCCUCGCAGCAGGCCACACCGUCAUCCCCUGGUCCCCAAAGAACCACCCCGAGAUGGCCGCUGAAAUGAACAACUCCUUCUACACCCUGGGCGGAGCCGCAAUCCUCGAACUCACACGGAAACACUCCGAGCCCGUCUUCGGAUCUAUGAAAGCCUACGAGAGAGCGUAUGAAGUUGGUGAACAUGGGACUUUAGGACCCACGAAGUUAAGCGAGAUGAUUAACCGCCGGAAUGCGUUUCAGAAGGCGUAUUUGGAUCGUUGGAAUGCUACGAGAGGGGAGGGGGAGGAAGUCAUGGAUGGGAUUAUUUGUCCGGCGAGUCCGUGGACGGCGCCUAGGUUGGGGGUUACGCAGACGGAGGUUUUUUGUGUGAAUUUUACGGGGGUGUUUAAUCUUUUAGGUAUUUCCCCCCUCUUUUCCUAUCUUAUUUCCUUCCCCUUUGCUCGCUUUUCACCUUGGAGAUAUCAAACUAACAAAAUUAGACUACCCCGCCUGCACAUUUCCCGUCACAUUCGCAGACAAGGAAUUAGACAAAGUACGCACGGAUUGGACGCCAUUAAACAAGAAGGAUAGGGCUCUACAAGCUGAUUACGACCCCGAGUUUUAUCAUGGGACGCCGGUUAGUUUGCAGUGUGUGGGGAGGAGGUUGGAGGAUGAGAAGGUGCUUGAGAUGACGGGGGCUGUGGCUGAGGCUUUGAAGGCUUAUUCUUGAGGAUAUGCUGUGUAGGUAGCAUAGGUAGCAUUAGGAUGGCUUAUGUUUUGGGCAUGUGCUUGUAGAUUGUUUUUUCAUGGUGCUUGGAGAACUUAUUUGUUAGGAAGUUUUUGGAAGUUGGUGAUUCUUUUUGAAAAGUUCUAGGAGGUGGAAAUUGCUAGGUUGGUACUUGACUUUACUAGAUGUUAUAUUACUAGACUCUGAGUUAAUCAGAAC